AUUCUCUGGCCUGAGACACGGUCAGAAUGUGUGAGCCUCCGCCAAUAAAGUGUUUCGCAAAGACCGUACGUGUCCCUGUGGGUGAUCGACGGGCGUGGGGCUCGUGGCGCCGCACUCCCAGGGACCACGCUGGCGUCCGUGGGCUUGUUCCCAGGACGUUUCCCGGCAGCCGCCCUGACGCUGAAGUGCUUACUGUCCUCCCACCACCGCCACCUGGUGGCCAGGUGCGGACCUGCCCGGGGUCCCUUCCUUACCUGGGGCAGUCCCCGCCCAGCCGGCCGCUAGAGACGGAAACAGUCGCACCUGGGGCCAUGGAAGCGGGCCCGACGUGGGAACCGGAGGCCUGGGGCUCCUCCGGAGGCUGGCCGGCACCCCGGGGGGCCAGAGCAGGCCCCUCGCUCUCCUCUGUGCUGAAUGAGCUCCCCAGUGCCGCCACCCUUCGGUACCGAGGACCCGGGGUUCUCCCCUGGGGGGCAUCGGGGGAGGAGGAAGAAGAUGGAGAGAACAACAUCCAGGCCAUGGCCGAAGCCGCCCAAAAGGAGCUGGGAGAACCCAUCCCCUCCAGGGAACUCCCCUGGCCCAUGCAGGCCCGCCGGACCCACAGGCAGAGCCAUGCCAGGGACAAAGUGGCCCAGAGAUCGGGUUCCAGGGUGGCCCAGUGGGCCCUGCGGCUUCGGCGGUCCAAGGAGAAGACCCAGGAACGCCUGCACACCUUGCAGCCCUGGGCGUGGACGCUGAAAAGGAUCGGGGGCCAGUUUGGCGCCGGCACCGAGUCCUACUUCUCGCUACUCCGCUUCCUGCUGCUUCUCAACGUGCUGGCGUCCGUGCUGAAGGCCUGCAUGACACUGCUGCCCACCUGGCUGGAGGGGACGCCCCCGGGUCCCCCUGGCCCUGACACCUCCUCACCCUGUGGCUUCUACAACCCCGACCCCCAAGGCCUGGUCACCUUCCCCACCCACCUCUUCAGCUUGCUCUCAGGAGUGGGUUUUCUAGAAUGGUCUCCUCUCUUCUAUGGGUUCUACCCACCCCGCCGACACCUAGCGGUCGCCUACCUGUGCUCCGUCUUUGUCAUUGGCCUUCUGCACCUGGUGCUCAUCCUCCACCGGUCAGUGACACCUGGGACCCCGGGGAGGGAGUCGUGCCGCCAGAUUGUUUUUAUCCUGCUCAGGACCGUGUUUCUCCGCCUGGCCUCCCUGCUGGUCUUGCUCUUCUCUCUUUGGAAUCAGAUCACUUGCGGGGGCAACGCUGAGGCUGAGGAGUGCAAAACCUGUGGCUACAAGUACAAAGAGCUACCGUGCUGGGAGACUCGGCUGGGCCAGGAGAUGUACAAACUCCUGAUCUUUGAUCUGCUAACUGGACUGGCUGUCAUGCUGCUCAUCCAGUUUCCUCGGAAGCUGCUCUGUGGCCUCUGUCCCGGGCCGCUGGGACGCACGGUGGGAACCCAGGAGUUCCAGGUGCCCGACGAGGUGCUGGGACUCAUCUACGCGCAGACGGUGGUCUGGGUAGGGAGUUUUUUCUGCCCUUUACUACCUAUGCUCAACACGGUCAAGUUCCUGCUACUUUUCUAUUUCAAGAAGUUCACCCUUUUCUCCACCUGCUCUCCGGCCUCCCGCACCUUUCGGGCCUCCACGGUGAACUUCUUUUUCCCCUUGGUCCUUCUUCUGGGUCUGACCAUCUCUGCUGUUCCCGUCCUUUAUAGCAUCUUCUUGAUCCCACCUUCUAAGCUGUGUGGCCCCUUCCGAGGUCAGUCGUCCAUCUGGGCCAAGAUCCCUGAGUCAAUUUCCAGUCUCCCUCGGAUCACCCAGAACUUUCUCUUUUUCCUGGGGACCCAGGCUUUUGCUGUGCCUCUUCUGCUAAUCUCCAGCAUCCUGAUGGUGUAUACCUUGGUCUUGGCUAACUCAUAUGGACGUCUCAUCUCUGAGCUCAAACGCCAGAUAGAGACGGAGGCGCAGAAUAAGGUCUUCCUGGCACAGCGCGCUGUGGCACUGAGCUCGGCCAGCGGGGCUCUUUGACCUCCCCUACCCUUGCUCAGGACGAUGUCCCACUUUCUGACCCAGACCUGCCCCCCCAGACCCUUUGUAAGCCUCCGGCACAUCAUCUGUAAAAUGGAGGAAGUGGAGAAAACCCAUGCCCUUAACAGCCUUGGGAUUUGGGGAUUCCCAGGACUCUGAAGCUCCCCCACCCUGGGACACCAGUGAACGUCUCUCUUUUAUCAAUAAAGAGGCCCAGCUUGCA